CACAAUGAUAUCAUUCUACGCGAGAGGCGCACAUAAUAAAGUUGCUGUAAAAGUACUUACAUGUUGCAAUAGCUAGUGUCAACUGCCCACAUAAAAUUCAUAAAUUAUUUUAUACAUAAUAAUAAUUAUUAAUACUCGUAUCAUUAUUCACACACGAUGACGACGAUUACAUCGAUAGCUGCGUUGUUCAGUUGUAUUUUGCUACAUUUAUUUGUUUUUACAUCGACUGCCGCAGUAAUGCCAGAUUCAGAUUUGCCGUUCGAGUUCAACCACGAUACAGGAUCUGUAAUUACCGAAGAUAACGUACUCACCCAAUCAGUGUCAAGUGAUGGGGAAACUGUAUUCAAAGCAAAUGAGCCACAGCCAAUAAUUAAAUAUCAAAAUUCUAACAAAAAUACUAACAAUUUAUCUACAAAUCAAAAAAAAAAUGGAAAUUAUAAAACAAUGAACAGUGAAAUUGAGUAUGAGAUUCCUAUUGAGCAUACGAGUUCAUCGCAUUUUAAUUUUCCUAAUAUUAUGAAAAAUCAAUGGAAGUUUCUUGAACGUAUGAAUAGAUUAAUUCCUGGAUUUAACAAUGUGAGAGUUGUAUACGUUUAAAAGCAUAUAGAGGUGCAUUUAAAAUUUAUGAAAAUAUUCAGCAGAAAAUCGAAUCACAACUUAAUAAUAAAUACUAUUUUCUUAUA